AUGGCUAAUUCUGAGCUUGAUUCUGGAAAGGGGGAAUACAGAACAAUUUUGAGCAUUGAUGGAGGUGGCAUUAGAGGCAUUAUUCCCGGAGUUAUUCUAAAAUUUCUCGAGUUUGUGCUUCAGAAAUUGGAUGGAGAAGAUGCAAGAAUAGCAGAUUACUUUGACGUAAUUGCUGGUACAAGUACAGGUGGUUUGGUUGCCACGAUGCUUACAGCUCCUAACAAGAACAAUCAUAAACAACCUUUGUAUGCAGCGAAAGAUAUUGUAUCCUUCUAUAAAGAUCAUGCACCAAAAAUCUUCCCUCAAUCAAAGUUGCCACUAUCAGCAACGGAUGUUUUAUGGAAAUUUUGGGGUCCAAGGUAUAAAGGAGACUACUUGAAGGAUUUGUUAAAGGAAGAGCUUGGAGAUACAACACUCAAGGAAACUAUUACACAAGUUAUAAUUCCUACAUACGAUAUUAACCGUCUUUUCCCUUUGAUUUUCACAACUGCCGAGGCUAAAAUGGACGAGUCAAAAAAUCCAAAAUUGGUUGACGUUUGCAUGAGUACCUCCGCAGCACCAACUUACUUACCCUGUCAUGAAUUUGAAAGUAAUGGAAGUAGUCGUAAAUUUAAUAUGAUUGAUGGUGGAGUUGCUGCGAAUAAUCCCACAUUAACUGCAAUACUGAAUGAGAGAAAAGAGAUGAUCCUCCGGAGACAAUUAGCAACUGAGAAGAAUAAGGAAGCAGAAUUAAAGAUAACACCAAAAAGGAUGUUGAUCCUUUCUUUAGGGACUGGUUCAUUUAAAAAAGUUGGGAAGUAUAACGCAGCUAAUUCUUCCAAAUGGGGACUUUUCGAUUGGGUCCAAAAAAAUAAAACUUCACCUAUCAUUGAUAUUUUCAGUGAUGCAAGUGCUGAUAUGGUGGAUAUUCAUGUUGGUACUAUCUUCCAAUAUGAUCAUGAUCUUCAUAAGAAUGAUCCCGACAAAAGAAAUCAUCCUCGUAAAAAAGAUUAUCUUCGUAUUCAGGCUGAGAAUUUGACUGAUGAAUUAUGUUCUGUGGAUAUUGCAACGGAAAAGAAUUUAAGAGACCUGGAAACUGUGGGAGAGAAGUUGCUGGAUCAAAGAGUGUCGAGGGUAAAUUUGAAAACUGGAGAGUUUGAGGAACUUCCUGAUAAGAAAGAAAGCGAUGGAGAAACUGUUUUUGAAGAGUUUGAGGGACUUCUUGUUAAGAAAGGAACCAAUAGACAUGCCCUCAUUGAGUUUGCUAGACUUUUGUCUGCGGAGAGGAAGCGACGAUAA